UGCAGAUAAUCAUGGCGGCGCCUGUGCGGCCAUAGAUUUUUCCGGUAGCAUCACGGGGCUGUCAAUUUUUCUCUACAGACAGAUAUUCACUGAAGAACGAACGUUAGGUAUUAUUUGAACUUUCAUAACAAGCUCAGCAUGUCUGCGACCGAAGAGGAUACAGAGUUACGGGAUCUUUUAAUUCAGAAUCUGGAAAACAGUGGCGUUCUCAACAAAAUCAAGGCAGAGCUGAGGGCUGCAGUGUUUGUGGCCUUAGAGGAGCAGGAAAAACAGGAGAAGCCUCCUCUGGAAAAUGAAUGUCUUAAGAAAUGCCUCAGCACUAAAGAUGGUCGUCUGGCAGCCAGUCUCAUCUUGGACUUCAUGCAGGUGUAUAACCUAGACUUCACCCAGGCUGUCUUCCAACCAGAGAUCAACUCGUCUGUAGACGGGCGUGAGAGUGUGUGCCGAGACCUGGGUGUGCAUGAUGGAGACAGCAGCAGGAGUAGCCCUCUCUUACUAGAGGUUAUCAGGAGGAGUCGCCAUAGAGAGAAAUCCCACCCUUCCACCAGUGAGGGGGAGAAAGUCUCACAGGUAGCAAAGGUACCUCAGCAAUAUUGUUUUAUAUAUAAGGAACUGUCUCCACGCCAGAUUGCAGAGGCCCGAAGGAAGUUUGAUGCACAUUCCAAGGACAAAGCUGGAGUGAAGACAGAGGCGCUUACUGCUGUGUUUCUAGACUUAUGUCCAGCCUUUAGCCGGAGUAUGCUAGAGUGUUACGUCAAAGAUGAGUUAGCUGCCAGAGACAAAGACGAAAGCAGUGUAGUGGACUUCCAGGAGUUCCUGGGAAUGUUGAAGCGUUUCUUCAUGCAGUGUCGAAGUGUGGUAAUGUCUGACGCAGGUGACACCCCAGCCCGUGGGGUGGAGAACCGUAUCACCCAACCACUUAGCCGGGUGCUGUCUGAUGUAGGGGAUUCACCCCCUGCAGCUCCUCAAGGACUCCAGGACAGAAUUAGUAGCCAACCACACAGUCGGGAACCAGAGAUUCCCAGAUUUAAAGGCCAAUCUGGAGUUUCACUUGAAGAGUCAGACACACAGAUUUCAGAGGUCAAAGGUCACGUGGGUGGAGCUGGAGCGGGCGACGGCAGCAGUGGAGCCUCACUGAGGAAGGCGAUGAUGGCGGAGGAAGAGGAGGACGAAGGAGACUCGUUCUUUGACGACCCGCUGCCCAAACCCCAGAAGACCUACGGCUCUCGACUCUCCUCUGUGGACCGGAGUGGGUCUGAGAGAAGCACCAGCCACAUAGAUAAGCAUCGGUCUGGGUCUGAGGGAAGAACACCUUCACAGAAGAAUGAAGACAGAAACGAUGAGGAAGCGAACUAUGAUGACGACUUCAACAGCCAUCGCUCAGAGAACUCUCGCAGUGAGAUCAGCAUUGGAGAGGAGAUUGAGGAAGGUUCUCUCGAGGGGCCAGACUUUAGUGAGAAGGUGGACAGCACAUUGGACGUCAGCGUAUCCCAACUGAGCGAAGGAGCAGAUUAUCUAGAAGAGGUCUCCUGAUUCCCUUAACCUUUAACCUUUAACCCCUGGCCCCUUACCUCUGAGUGCCACUGUUGUUGUUGUGUGUGUCAUGUUCUGCAACUCUUUUCAAAGCCUCUAUGAUGUUAAAGUAAAUAAUAUGCCCUUUUCAAAUAAAUGAAAAUCUUAUAUCA